ACCUGUAAUUUACAUAAUGUCGGUGUCGCUAGUCUCAGUUGCUAACCGCCAUCUUUGUAAUCUUUUGAGCCGUAGAGAGAACCGUAGAUAUUUUCCUCUUCCAUUUUUUUGUGCGCUUCCAGGAGCAGUAAAAUAUCCAAUGUUAGACAGAUGUAAUUAAACACAAUGAUCGCAGGUGGUUUUUAAUUGUAACCGUUCAUUGUGACGCGUUUCUGACCUGUUAAUUUAAUUUGUUUCUAGUGAGGUGGAUUUCAGCACAGUCCAGGAUUAUUUUGACACAGGAUUAAAUUGACAUUAUUUUCUAAGAUGGGCAUUGGAAGUUUGUUUAUUUACCUCAAAGUGUUUCUUGUGGCUGUUGGGGUCAGGGGUCAGUCUGACUUCAUGUGUCCCCCCAACCGACAGAUGGGCUUGUGUGACCCCGUGGCCACGCCCUGCUAUGGCGACUCGGACUGUCUCAACGGUGAGAUCUGCUGCCCACACGCCUGUAGUCGAGUCUGUAAGCCCCGGGCCACAAGCCAGCCCACGCUCAGAUCGGCACGGAGGGAGGAGAUACCCGACCUACUCAACGACCCCCGGGUCUAUAUAGGCCAGUGCCCUGACGCCAGUUGUUUCGCCCUGUUUGGUGGGGGACCCAACGAGUGCAGCACGUCCAACCUGUGCCCCAGCAGCCAGUACUGCUGUCAUGACGGCUGCAAGAACGUCUGUCUCCUCAAGCCUGAGUACGCGGCUCUAGCGGCACAGCAGGAGGCUAAGCAGCGGUACCAGCAGCAGGUCAUGUUACAGAAACAGCAAGAAGAAAUGAGACGGCGACAAAACGAACUAUACCAACAACAACAGCGGCAAAUGAUGGCCGCAGAGCAAGCUAGACAGCAAGCACAAGCAAGGGCCGCAGCAGAUGCUGAACUGGCAGCCCAACAAAGUAGGCUGCAGGCACAGGCACAGGCAAGGGCUGCGGCAGAGGCAGAAUUAGCAGCCCAACAAGCUAGACAGCAAGCACAAGCAAGAGCCGCAGCAGAGGCAGAAUUAGCAGCCCAACAAAAUAGGCAACAGGCACAGGCAAGGGCCGCGGCAGAAGCAGAAUUAGCAGCCCAGGCUCGGGCCACAUAUGAAGCUGACCAGAAAGCCAAAGCUGAAGCCGAGGCUAAAGCAUCUGCUAAACUACAGAGGGAGAUGGCCCAAAACCAAGCCCAAGCGCUUCUCCAAGAACAACAAAGGUCCCAGCCUACGCCACCGCCCAACCCCUCACAGUCCAGUUUCCUGGACAACUUUGUUGAGACGCCCCAGAAUCCCCCCGCCUCGGCCAAGCCCGGCAACGUCUACUCCCAGCCCAAGUGGCCGUACACAGACACGGGGGCCGGGUCUCCACAAGGUGCUGGCGGCGAUGGCCCAGGGGGAGUGGUCAAGUCUCUCAACUCGCCAGCCAACUACAACCCCUACAGCAUCCCGCCUCAGCAGAACACCUACAACAAAAACGACGAGGUGAUUUCCAUUCUGUUGAACCAGCGACCAUACCCCCAGUCCAGCUACCCCAACGCCCCAUCCACCGCAUACAACCCCCAGUCCAACUACCCCAACGCCCCACCCACCGCAUACAACCCCCAGUCCAACUACCCCAACGCCCCAUCCACCUCAUACAACCCCCAGUCCAGCUACCCCAACGCCCCAUCCACCGCAUACAACCCCCAGUCCAACUACCCCAACGCCCCAUCCACCUCAUACAACCCCCAGUCCAACUACCCCAACGCCCCAUCCACGUCAUACAACCCCCAGUCAAGCUACCCCAACGCCCCAUCCACCUCAUACAACCCCCAGUCCAGCUACCCCAACGCCCAAUCCAACAACUAUGACUCCCCUGGCUACUACCAGAACGCCCCCUCCGUUGUCCAUAAUGUCCCAACAACACCCCAGAACUUCGGCCCGCGCCCCCAGAGUGCCGUGGCGCCCCUAUUGAUGUACCACCUGAUGCAGGCUGUUGCUUGAGGUCCAUGUUUUACAAUGUGUUGUUGAUCUUUAUAAUAUAUUACAGUCAAAUAUUUAAAUACUAAUUGUACGAUUUCUAACACUUUGUCUAAUAUCGGUCGCAGCGUUUAUUUAUUAAAAUCCUAAGAUAAAAAAUUAUUUUGUUUCGUUUUCGACCUGUUGUUGUUCAGCACACUAUAGGGGAGACAACCUACCACAGUAGACUACAAGUGCGAGUAAUCUGUCUUGAAUCUAAAAUGUCACACAUUUUCUCAUAUUACCUGAAGUUUAAACGUUAAUUAAUGCUUUUAAAAAAGACCUAUGAAGCUAUUGAAACAUAAAUAAUUAGGUGCCACAUAAUUAAUGCUUUUGUUUCAACUGUUUGUAACGGGUUAUUAAGAAAAAAAAAGUUGUUUGCAAUAAACUAUUAUAAAUUGUCA